CUGACCCAAAGUCUAACAAUCCUACGCUAUUUGGCCCGAAAGCACGGACUGGCGGCCAGGGAUGAGCCCCGACAGGCGCGGCAAGAGUUGGUGGAGCAACAGGUGCUGGAUGUGAGACAAGGGUUUGUUUCAAACAUACUCAUGAAUAAGGACUACGAGACCAAAAGGGCCGACUACUUGGCCGCCACUCUUGAGCCGCAGUUGGAUCUGUUGGUGAAGUUUUUGGGAGACAAACAGUGGCUAAUCGGCGGACAGUUGUCUUACGUAGACUUUCUGGCGUAUGAUGUGUUGGAUUGGUUGAAACGAUUCACUCCCGACACUAUUGGCAAAUACCCGACUAUUGGCCAGUAUUUGGACAGAUUUGAAGCCCUGCCGGCCAUUACGGCCUACCAAAAAUCGCCGCAACACAAAGCGUGGCCCAUAUUUGGCCCCCGAGCUAGUUGGGGUGCUGUGCAAAUGUAA